AUGGCUCUCAUGUUGGCACCGUACAAUGGCGCCAUGCGCUUAGGCAUGGGCUUCAACUCCUACACCCAAACUCUUUGUGUCAAUGAUGUUGUCCGCAAGCCUGGCAAUAUUCCUGCAGCUGAGACUGACUUGCGUGCUGCGCAACUUACCCAGAAGACAGAUGCUGCUACCUUCAAAUCUAAGCAAAUAACUGCGGGUACUCAGCAGGACCAGCCUCAAGAGGUGCUUGAUGGAGCAAGUGGGACCAUUUCCAGGGUGGUUGUUGAUGGACAGAAGGAAGUCAGUCAGGUGGUGAGCUGGGAGGCCAGCUUUAUUGAGAAUGGUUCAGAGGUUCUCAAGAAGCUCGACGUAAGCGGUGCUCUCUCUAUCAAAAUGGCAGGCAUGGGUCAACUGUCCGGCAAGGCUGCGUUCGUAGACUCUACUGAUAUCAAAAAUGCUGAUAUUAAGUAUCUGGUGCACGUCAAGGUUACAAACCAACGGCUGAUUGCUGACAACAUCACUGAGUUUGCCCCAAUUGACUAUAUCGAGCCAGGACAGUUCACGGAAAUCUAUGGUGACUGCUUCAUCUCCGGCUUUAUUGAGGGUGGCGAGUUUGACGCCCUUGUCACCGUCACUACUGAGGAAACCAUAAAGAAGAACAGUCUGUCUGGCGGGCUUGAGCUCGGGGCAAAUAUCAGUGGUUUCGACGUGUCUGGUCAAGUGCACGGCGGAGUUGAAAAUAACUCUAAUGACAAGAAAGCUCGAACCAAGAUUAGCGUUACAUGGUCUGGUGGUGGUGACAUUCGGAACGAUAAUAUCAAAGAGUGGACUUUGGAAAGUCUCAAAGCGGUAGCCAUGAGCUUUCCAGAUGCAGUCGCUGUUUGUGACGCCGUUCUGACCAAGUAUACCUCUUUGCGAAGUUACCACGAGCAGACCAGGAAAGGUUCGCCACUGGACUAUGAAAACGCUGGAGUUUAUACUGCCGCUUUAUAUGAUGCAUACACUGAUUACAAGAUGAUGUGGGGUCAAAUUCAUACCAUGAUUGGAGGGUUUAACACAAAUGAGAUUAGGCUCUUCACUCGUGAAGCUUUGACAAUCCCGAAAGACUUUGUUGAAGAUAUGAAGAAAGACCAGGAGAACAAAAAAACACACUACAAUGAGCGUGUCAAAGCUAGGGAGGAGGCGGAAAAUGCUGCUGCUCUUGCCCCUUAUACGCCAAACAAGACGCGAGAUGAUAAACCUAUCGAGAAGCCAUUGCCAAUCAACAAAUUCGAGCCUUAUAAAGCAGAUAUUUUUGGUCUAGAAAAGGCGGCCCACGAUUGCCGAUUUGAGAUGAUCAAGAUUGUUCGAGAGACGUUAAAGGAAGAACCCCUACCUACUUACGAAGAGUGGAAAGCGACCAAGGAUGAUCUGGUAAUCCAGAAGAAUGACGUCAGGUCUAAACAAGACAGUAUCAACGAACUGAAAAAAGAAUUAGAGACUACCAAGGAUAAUCUGAAGAACCAGAAGAACGACGUCAACUCUAAAGAAGAAAAGAUCAACGAACUGAAGAAGAAAUUAGAGGCUGCUCUUAUUACCCCUCGAAAAGCCAAUGACAGUCAACUAGACGAUCGUCUGCCACUCCAGUAUGACAAAGCAAUUGUGAUGUUCAUGAAUAUCGCAUCUCAGUUGGCCCUUGAUGCUGGGCGAGACGGGUUCAAAGCCCACGGCUUUGAAUAUGACUUGACUUAUGAUAAACAGAAGUUUAGACUUGAAAAGGUUUACAGCUCGUCCACUAAAGACGAUCCAUGGACCAUUGCUCGUGUAGAUGAUAAUCUUACAGAACACCAGUUCCGAGUUGGGAGAUCUCCCCCAGAUAUGCAAGACCAUUGGUACAUUGUUCGUGGGUCAGCGAGUCGUGCUGGCUCUUGGGUACUGAAGAAUGCGGAAUCUAACACAUGCAUCGAGCUGAAGGACAAUUCGAGGUGGAACGGGCAUGACGGGGUUCCAAUUAUUCCCGGUAGUCCCAGUGACGACCGUGAUACUGCCAAUUGGGUUAUUAUUGUUAGAGAGAUGGCCAGCUAG